UUUGGAACUGGACUUAACUGUCAGGGGUCCUUUACCUUUACCUUUAAUUUAUAAAAGGGCAUGGAAAGAGCCGAGCUUCCACAAUCUUGAUGCUGUUCCAUUCCAGAGCUGCAGUGGAUUUGAACUUUCAACUUUGCGCAUUGCAACCUUCCCUUAACCAAAGGCCACAGGUAGUCUUUGCUCUCUUCACUUCCAACUUCAUCGGCGUUUGCUUCAGCCGCUCCUUGCACUACCAGUUCUACGUCUGGUAUUUCCACACUCUGCCCUACUUGCUCUGGUGCACGCCUCCCAAGAAGCUUGCUCAUCUGCUAAAGGUGCUCAUUCUAGGUUUGAUCGAGCUUUCUUGGAACACGUACCCGUCAACAGUUUACAGCUCCGCUGCCCUCCAUGUUUGCCACGCCAUCAUCCUUCUGCAGCUGUGGUAUGGGACGGAGCCCUCCAUGGCCCCCCAGGAAGUAAAGAAACAGCCUUUGAAAAAGGCUGAGUGAAAACUGCACAAGAGGAGCUUCCCACAAUGAGAGCAUGAACAAGAUGGU